GAAGCAACAAACCAACAACCCUUGGUCCGUGCGAGAGAGAGACUGCGGAUCGCAUGGAUUCUAACCAUGCUCCUCACUAUGAUGUCGGGGAUGAAAUGGAGAUUGAUCUGCGGCCGGGCAGAGACAGAAAAGGCGGUACCACUACGAACGCGAUGCACUCGGGCAGCCCAAGAAUCGAGAGUGGAUCGCAUGUUCCCACAGCAGCCCGCCCAAGCGAACGCUGCGGCCGUUGUUUCCGGAGAAAAUGCGUGAGGGUGACGUUUCGCCUGAUAAACCUAGGGUUUGCCGCCGUCUUCCUGUCAUCGGCAAUACUGCAGUACAACGACGAUGACGGUAUCGCAUGGGCAGCUCUGUACUUCAUGGCCGCCGUGUUCUGCAUUCUGUCGGAGCUAAGCUGGAGACAUCUGCGGACGUUCUUGGUGCUGCCAACGUUGUGGAUGUUUACUCUGUGCUCCUGGAUCGGAGCCGGGUAUGUCCUGAUUGCCCAGCUGCUCGUGGGCCACGCCGAGGGAGGGGCGUCGGGCGAAGACGCCAUGGAUUUUUACGGGCUACUGCUGGUUUCUUUCUGGAUGUCCAUCGUCCUGCUGCUAGAUCGGCAUAACGUGGUCGGGGUGUUUCGUGGAUACACGAGCUUGACGGAGCACGAGCGAGACCGGGAGGGGCACGUGCAGAUGGGAGAGGUGGUUAUUUGACUUGCGUCGUCGAUAUACAUGUCCAAACUGGGGUGUGCUACUUGCUGCUACGGUGUGUGCUCGAUCUUUCGCUCUCGUUGUUGGCGCUACUGCUUCUCUUACCGUUGCUUCUGCUGCUGCUCCAGUUAAACAGUGAAAUUGAUGUUUGCUUUGGUUGUGUUGAAGUGUAUAAACGGGAUUAAGUGUGUUGAGUAUUUAUUCGCGUGCAGACAUACACGGUAUGGCAUAGCGUGCAGUAUAUGAAACGGGGAGGGCGAGUGCACGGGUACACUGGGGCUCGCGGUUACCUGCGCAAGACACAUACAUUACGUUAGAAAUGGUUAUGUGCGCCAGGUAAGAGGGCGCCGGGUAUCGUAUCAGUUGCCUAAACUGCAUUAGGUUGUGAAAUUGGUUUUUGUUUCUUGGACCGGGGAUCGCAUUGAAGUACAUGUUUUCUGCGGCUCGGUCAACUAAACAGCUCGGCACUGAAUGCUCACAGUCUCUACGGAGGGACCCGAUAGGCAGCCAUGAUAGCUUAUUAUUAAGGGUAUCUUGUAUGCAACAAGGAAGUGAAUUGGUCCGCCGGCCUUCAAUGCGCGUUGUGGGACGUGUCCCGAAUAUCGAAGUCUGGUGUUGGCUACACGGUUGGUUUCGGGAUGUUCUUGCGUGUGCCGAUAGGGUGCGCAAAGAAAACACCACAGCACCAACAACUUUGUACGGCGCCAUGUUAGGAGGCUGCACGGAGCAAAUAUGUCCUGGCCGCCACCGCAUGUUGAUGUUUUGGGUGCUCAGCUCAUUUGUGCUUAAAAUAUUGAUGGCACCGUGGGCGAGGUUCUGUCUGAAGCGGAAGCGUUGUGUCUAAGCUCUCCCCGCUUGGUUGAUUUGAGCGAGGAGUUUGAGCCUAUCGCCGGCUUGGGGAAACUGAACAUCUGCCAUCAACUUUGUUACUCCGAAGCCGGCCUUUGUUCCCAGUUUCGAUCUACCAGAGGUCGUAAACGAAGUCACACCGCCUCUAAAUCUGGGCAAUUAGGAAACGUUGAUUUAAGUGUAAGUAACAUGCGUGCUUGUGUGUAUUCGUAACAAUAUUACGGCCGGGGGGACAGACCCAUGGAUGACGCACAGGGGCAUCGCAGUACGCCAUCCUUGAGCUUCUCCUCGCCGCCUG